UAGAUUUUCUUUAGGUGUGUACUCGUCGGUUCAUUACCGCCGCCAUAUUAUCUCCCCCUUACUCUUUCUUUUGUUAUAUCCUUAAUUAUUGUGCUCGUUCGCGGCCGUCCCCUCGUUUACUCAGUUCAUAUGGAAUUCUUGACAAAGUUGACUUGUCUCGUUGCCGCAUUAACCCCCUCGGCACAGGACGGAAAAUCAUCAUGGGGUACCCUCAACGCACCUAAGCUCCCAAAGUGGAUAAGCAACAGCUCAAAGAGUUCUAUCACGAUCCCAUGGGGCGACAGAACAUCAGGCGGCAGUAAUCCUUAUACCCAAGCACCAUUGACUCAUGUCACUCGAAAGUACGACUUCAAUAUUAGUCGUGGCAUGAUAGCACCAGACGGAUAUGAAAAGAGUGUAAUCCUCGUUAAUGGACAAUUCCCGGGUCCUCUGAUAGAAGCCAACUGGGGUGACUAUAUCGAGGUCACGGUCCACAACAACAUUCUAGAUGGGCCUCCCGAGGGCACAGGUAUACACUGGCAUGGUUUUAUUCAAACCGGGGCUCCAUGGCAGGAUGGAACGCCAGGAGUAUCUCAAUGUCCCAUAGCGCCCGGCAAGAGUCUCAAAUACAAAUUCCGGGCUGAGGUCUACGGCUCUUCAUGGUAUCACUCCCAUUAUUCAGCCCAAUACUCUGGUGGUCUUUUCGGCCCUAUAGUCGUCUAUGGGCCAAGGAAUGUCAAGUACGAUAUUGAUCUGGGACCGAUCAUGGUCAAUGACUGGUGGCACGAAGACUACUACACAACUGUUAAGAAAGUGAUGGCGCCUGGUUUCCAAGGUCGUAUAAACUCCGACAACAACCUGAUCAACGGACGCAUGAACUUCGAUUGCACGAAGGUCGUUGCUGGAGACACGGCAAAGUGUACCAAUAACGCUGGUCUUUCUAAGUUCAAGUUUCAAUCUGGCAAGAGCCAUCGUCUUCGUUUCAUCAACACAGGCUCCGAGGGGGUCGAGCGCAUAUCGAUCGACAACCAUGUGAUGACCGUCAUGGCCAACGAUUUCGUCGAGGUUAAGCCUUACGAUACCACUGUCGUCACAGUCGGCGUCGGACAGCGCGUCGAUGUCGUGGUCAGGGCCAAUGGUACUGCGAACUCAGCCUAUUGGUUGCGGUCAAACCUCACCUCGUGCUCUACUGCCAAUCAGCCUUUCGCCCUCGCAGCCAUUUACUACGAAAAAGCCGACACAAAGGCUGCCCCUACCAGCACCCCGUGGAACGUUCCUGAUCCUGGAACAUGCGCCAAUGAUGACCUGACCAUCACCCAGCCUUAUUAUCCCAUAACCCUGCCCGAACCAUCAUGGACUCAAAACAUGGACAUUGGCACAUUUAGAAAUGCCACGGGAAGCCUAUUAUGGACGUUUGGGGGUGUGAGUGCUAGGGUGGAUUACAACGACCCGACGCUCCUACAGGUCAAGAAGAACGACUUUCAGUUUGAGCCAGACAUGAACGUCAUUAAUUACGGCACCAACUCGUCAAUCAGAUUCAUCAUCAACAACCCUACUCCAGCACCACACCCAAUACACGCCCACGGCGUAAACAUGUACAUCCUCGCCGCAGGUCCUGGAAACUACAGCGGAGCAGCACCAAUACAACCCACGAACCCCAUGCGGCGUGAUGUGCAAAUGGUGCAACCAUUCGGGCACACCGUGAUUCAGAUUGACUCUUCCAAUCCAGGCAUCUGGCCUCUCCACUGCCACAUUGCAUGGCACGCGUCGGCGGGCUUCUUCUCGCAGAUGGUGUUCCAGCCCGACAAGAUCCGCAACUACAACAUCCCGAGCUCAGCCGCAACGACAUGCAACGACUGGGAAGCCUUCACGAAGAACGUCGCGCCUGACCAGAUUGACAGCGGGCUGUGAGCGUUGUUGCCUGCCGCCUCCAUCUAUUUUUAUCUCUGCCUUGUUAACCUCCGUAUUGACCAAACAUCUAAUCAACCACGUUUCCUUGGCGUAGUUCUUGGGCGGCGCAUGAAUUUCUUUAUAUUUCUUAUACCCCCGUCACUAGACCAACCCGUCCACUCUCACUGCUCACUGCCACUUGCAUGCAUUAAUCUGUUGGGAACAAUGUGGAAUCCCAUGCCCUCGCUCCUGAAGGAUCUGGAGUUGCGGAGGAGGAAGUGUC